CCGUCCCCGGCUGAGACUGCUCCUUCGUCCUCCCUCAGUCUCUUCCCGCCGCGCCCCACUCCCCGCGAAGGGGCCGGGGAUCCGUGGGCUGCCCACCCCGCCGGAGCAGCCCUCCCGGGAGCUCUUUCUCUGGUGGGGCGGGGGGGAACCCCUCUCCCCUAGCCCAGCCCGGCCCGGAGCGGCGCGUCCCGCCCUCAGACGCGCUCGCUCCCCACGCCGCCGCCCCCGUAAGUACCGGGCGGCGCGGCCCGUCGGGCGGCGCAGAGCGGCGGGGAUGGGUCCCCGCGGCGGCCGCGGGCUGUACGUGGGGCGGAGGACCGCCGCCCUGCUGGCCGCUCUGCUGCUGGCGCUGCUGGCCGCGCUGCUGGCGCUCGCCGCCCUCUACGGGCGCUGCCGGCAGGAGGCGCCGACGCCGCCGAGCCCCUCGCCCGCAGCCCCCGGCUUCGCCGCGCCCCCGGGACCCGCUGCCGCGGUCGGCUCCGGCCGCCGCCUGCCUCGCCAGCUCCUGCCGCUCCAUUACGACCUGGAGCUGUGGCCGCGGGUGCGGCCCGGUCAGGCGGGGCCCUUUACCUUCAGCGGGCAGGUGAACAUCACGGUGCGCUGCCGGCAGGACACGGACACGGCGGUGCUGCACAGCUCCGGGCUGCGGAGCCUCAGGGCCGACGUGCGCGGUCCCUUGCCCGGGAUGGGCACCGCCGUGGAGGUGGCGGAGCUGCGGCAGGAGGUGGCGGGCGAGCUGGCGGUCCUGGAGUUGCGCGGCCGGCUGCGGGCCGGGCGCCGUUACGUACUGCAGCUGGGCUUCGAGGGCAGGCUGGAGGAGGACCUCGACGGGCUCUUCCUCACCCGCUACACCGACCAGGGACGGAGCAGGCAGCAAGGGAUCAGACGAUACCCGUGUCCAGUACCUGGCAGCCACAGUCUGGCUCAGUCUUCAUCCUGGCCUCACACAUGUCUGUGUAGCACAGGCAGCUCCUUACCUCCUCUGCCUGCAUCUGUGGGGAGCACACAACAUCUUAAAUAUGUUUUUGGGCAUGAGUUUAAAGAUGUUAACCCCAUGCAGUUUCAGAGUAUGCUGAUUGCCUCCCAACUGGAACCAACAUAUGCUAGGACAGUUUAUCCAUGUUUUGAUGAACCUGCCAUGAAGGCCACAUUUAAUAUCAGAAUUGUCCAUGACCCAAGCUAUGUGGCUCUUUCCAACAUGCCUGCUAUUGAUGUAUCUGAAAUGGCUGAUGAAAAUGGAAGCCUGUGGACUGUUACCACAUUUAACACUUCCCUGAAAAUGUCAACUUACUUGACUGCAUUUGUGGUCUGUGAUUUUGAUUAUGUCACCAGAACUGAGCGGGGAAACGAGAUACGUAUUUGGGCUCGGAAAGAGGCAGUUAGAAAUGGGUAUGUUGACUAUGCUUUAAAUAUCACAGGCCCAAUAUUUUCAUUUCUGGAAGACUUACUUAAUGUCAGCUACCCUCUGCCAAAGACAGAUCUGGUUGCACUGCCUGAGUUUGGAGCAGGUGCUAUGGAAAACUGGGGGCUAAUUACUUUCCAAGAAUCAUCGUUGCUGUACCUCCCAAGUGACAAAUUCACAAGCAGAAAGGCAAUGAUUGCCAUAAUUAUGUCACAUGAGCUAGGACACCAGUGGUUUGGAAAUCUGGUUACGAUGAACUGGUGGAAUGAUCUGUGGCUUAAUGAGGGACUGACAUCUUACUUUGAGUACCUGGGAGCAACCUUUGUUGAACCCAAGCUUUCACUGGAUAAAAUCUUUUAUGAUCAUGUUGUCCAGCCUGUCUUAAGGGAAGACAAUGAAAUAGGAGUUCGAUCACUGUCAGAGAGUGAAGACAAGAUCAAAGACUCAUUUGCUUUAAUGUCUCUGUUUGACAGCAUCACAUACAACAAGGGGGCUUCUAUUACCUGGAUGCUUUCCUGUUUCCUGUCUGAGAAGCUGUUUAUCAGAGCACUCACAUUGUACCUGGAAGAAUUUUCCUUCUCAAAUGCUAACCAAGAUGAUCUCUGGACCCACAUACAGAUGGUUGUAGAUGCACAGGAUGAAGUUCAGUUGCCAGCAUCUGUAAAACAAAUAAUGGAUUCCUGGACAUGUCAAAACGGGUUUCCAGUUUUAACAUUAAAUCUAACCACUGGCACAAUCAGUCAGGAACAAUUUCUUAAUAAAAAAAAUGAAAACAGUACUGAUUCUUACAAUAACACAUGGAUUAUUCCUAUUUCUUGGAUGAGAAAUGGAUCAUCCCAACCCUUACUGUGGCUAGAUAAAAGCAGCAAAGUGUUUCCUGAAAUGCAAGUGUCGGAGUCAGAAUAUGACUGGAUCCUGCUAAAUGUAAAUUUAAGUGGCUACUACAGAGUGAACUAUGAUCAAUUAAACUUAAAAAGAUUAGCACGCUUGCUUGAAAAUGAUCCAAAGGCUAUUCCUGCUGUCAGCAGGAUCCAGCUGAUAGAUGAUGCUUUUGCACUGACACAGUUUGGAUACAUUGAAAUUGAAACAGCACUUGAACUAACAAAGUACCUUGCCAAAGAAGAUGAACUCUUCAUAUGGAAUGUGGUAUUGUCAAACCUAGUACCCAAGAAUUUGGAAAGUACUCUGAAGAACUAUGAAUUGUACCCACUUUUAAAGAAAUACCUUUUAAAGCGGAUGUUGCCAAUAUACCAUUAUUAUGCAAGUUUUAUUCAUCAAAAUGUUGAUGCUUUGGAAGAUGACUAUUUUGCUCAACUGUAUUUGGAAAAACUUUUUGGAACAGCAUGCUGGCUGGGCCUCCAGGACUGUUUGAACCUGUCGUCUGAGCUGUAUGCUAAGUGGAUGGACAACCCUGACUACAAAAUUCCCUUUUUAAUUAGAAGAACCGUCUGCUGCUAUGGUGUUGCAGUGGGAAGUGAUAAAGAAUGGAAUUUUGCAUGGGAAAUGUAUAACCAUUCUGACACCACAAAGGAAGAUAAAGACAUCCUGCUCUCUGCUAUGAGCUGUGCCAGAGAGUCAUGGUUACUUUACAGGUACUUGCAAUAUGGACUCAGCAAUACAUUAUUUUCUUCCAAUUGCACUCCAAAUGUCAUCUUAUAUGUAGCGACAAAGGAUAUUGGGCACCGUAUAGCCUGGGAAUUUGUUACAGAAAAUUGGCCACUUUUAAGUGAAAGGUAUGGGAAGGAAUUAUUAUAUGAGGUAUUAAAAGUCAUGGGAAGAUUUGUCAAUACAGAUGUACAGAUACAAGAGUUGCAGGUUUUUUACAAUGCUACACUGGAAGAGGAUGAGAGAGUGGCCAUUACUCUACUGCUGGAGUUUACAAAAGUUGAAAAUAUGGGAAGGAGAGAACUAUUUAUCAAAGCUGCCAACUGGUUACAGAAAAAUGUAGAUGAUUGACUUGAAACACCAUUUCCAGUAUAUUUUAGAGUGUGAUCCACUAGUAUUUUGAUAUUCAUUUUAAGAUGUAAUUAAAGAUAAAGCAUA